AUGUUGACUUUGAAUUCUAAGUCUCCAACUGUUGAAAAAAAUGAAAUGAAUACAGUAUCUACUUCUGAUAAAAAAAAAGUUACUCCAUCGAAAAUAAUUAAGACAAACGUUACUGGCAAAAGACCGGGUCCAAAGUCUAAAACAUGUGUGCCACAGUUAAAAAUUGAAAAAAUGACUUCAAAUCCACCAAACAAAAAUGAUCUAAAUUCAAAACAAGCAGAUAGUAAUGAUGUUGCUAGUUCCAAGGAUUCAAAAAUAUUGUUAUUAGAUGCAAGUAAUGCUGAUAUAACUGAUACUGUUAAAGCAGAAUCCAAGAAAAUUGAUACUAAUACAGCUCAACAAAAUGAAGCUGAAAUUGUAGAUUUAAUUCCAACUCAUAAAAAUAAAACUGUUAUUAAAAUAGAUACAUGUGCUAGUACAAAAAAAAAUAACGAAGACAGAAUAACUUCCAUACAAAAUGAUAAUGGUAUAGUAAAAACAGAAAGUAAUGAAAUAAAACAAACUACAAUCUUAGAUAGUUUUGAUCCUGGUGUAAAAUGUAAAGUCUUAGAAGAAUGUACUAUAAGUUCCAAUAAUUUAGAUGAAGAAAAAAAUAAGAAUAUUAUUAAUAGAGUAAAAGAAGUUACACCAGAACCCAAAGAAGAGGAAGAUAAUAUACAAGAUGAAGAACUAGAUCAUGAAAUAUAUGAAGAAUUGGAUCAUGAAGUUGAUGAAGACGAAAUAAAUGAGAGUAGUGAUAGUUUUAAUCCAACUCAUAAUACAGUAAAAUCUGUUCAAGAACAUAACAAGGAUGAUAAUAAUGAAGAUUCUAUCAACUUGACGAUUGGAGAAGAUGAUAUUAAAUUAUUUGCUGACGAGGAAGAUACAAACAUUGAAAAAGAGGACGAAGUGAUCGAGAACCAUACCAAAGAAGUAACUUCAACAAUCAAACAGCGUGAAUCUUGCCAUCUAGUUACUGCUAGUAGCAGAUCAUCAACUGGAUUGGUAAAAAGCCGCCGCAGUGCAACUGAGAAGCAUUUAUCUGUUGGGGAUAAACCACGGAGCACCCGCAAAGAGGACAAGGACAUCAGCAAUGCAAAACCCAUCAUCAAUGUCAGUGUGCCCAAAGAUGAGAAGAAAGAAGUGGAAAAACAAGUUAAAGAUAAAGAGGAAGCAGGCAAUAAACAGAGUAAUAGUUCAAUGGCUCAACAAAUAUCAAAUGACACAUCAAAGAAAAACAAUUCGUCCUUUGUACGCAACAUUUGGGUUAGUGGCUUGUCAACGAUUACUAAGGCUACUGAUUUAAAACAACUUUUUUCAAAAUAUGGAAAGGUUGUUGGCGCAAAAGUUGUGACAAAUGCCAAAACUCCAGGAGCUCGUUGUUAUGGCUUUGUUACAUUGUCCUCAGCAGAAGAUGCUAAUCGUAGUAUUGAAAAUUUACACAAGACUGAACUUCAUGGACGUGUUAUUAGUGUUGAACGAGCUAAACGUGACAAUGGUUAUCAAGUGACAGCAAAAGACUUGUCAACUAUUAAGCGUGCAUCAAAAGAUCAAAGUCAAGAUUCAAAACGUACUAAAAUUGUGAUUGAAAGUGAUGAACAUAGAAAAGACAGAAGCAUUAAAAGUAAAAGCAAUGAACGUGAUAAAGAACGAAUCAAGGAAUUAGAACGAGAAAAAGAACAUUUAGAAAGAGAAAAAAGAAAACAGCAGGAGAUAUUAAACUUAACUAAAUUGAAAACUGAACGUGAAAAGCUAAAACAAAAAGAACAUGAGAGAGCGAUGAGGGAAGAAGAACGUAAGAGACGCAUAGAAAAAGAACGUCAAUUAGAAAUUGAAAAAAAAUACAAAGAAGAAGCAAUUCGCCUAGAAAAAGAAAGACAAAAACUUCGAAUUGAGCGUGAACGAAUUGAAAAGGAAAAAUCUGAACUAUUGCGUUUAGAGCGUGAAAAUCAACGUUUAGAACGAGAAAGAUUACAAAGAGAAAAGGAAGAGUUACGUAGAGCACAAGAAAAUAAAAGACAUUCUUCAUCAAAUUCAUCUCGAUAUGAAGAAAGAAAAGAACCAAUUCGUAGUUCUCGUAUUCAGCCUAGUACUGACUAUAUGAACAACCCAGCACCUCCACCUCCCAACAUAACAUCAUCUAGACAUCGCUAUGAACAGCAUUCUUCAGAAUCCCGUCGUAUGAGACCAUCACACCCAUCACCGCCCCCUCCUCCACCACCUGCAUCAAGACCAAAAGACUCUACUGUGAACAUCAGAUAUGGUGCUCAACUAGCAACAGAUCAUCAUUACAGAAGUCGUGAUGAUCGAUCAGAUCGAAGAGAUGAAUCUCGUCGGAAAGAUUCAAGUGGUGGAAGUAGUAACAGACAUGCUCAUGUGCCAUAUGAUUCAAACAAAAGUUCCUAUGGAAUGUCACGCAAUAGUGAAAGUAAUAGCUGGUCAUCAGCCGCAAUAAAGAAUUCUUAUGGCACAGUUGGCUCAAGCUCUGGAACCAAUACUAUGGUAAUAAGUUCGAGACCAGAUCCGUGGUCACAUAAUACUUAUCGAGAUGUGGAUUCAAGUAUUUGGCAACGUCCAAGUCAACCACUACCCGAGAAGUGGAACAGCACACCAAGCAAUCCUUCAUCUAUGCCAACAAGUGGACGUAGUUCUAGUAGUAAUGCUUUGUACAGUAAUAACCAUCAAGUUAUACCAAACAUAGGGUUAAACAUGUCAACAAACUACACUGAUAGUAGAUUUGACAGUUACAAAAUGAGUGGCAUGUCACGCAAAUAUUGA